AUGCUUCUCUUCGGCAAUCACAUCUGUGGCUGUUACUACACGUCCUCCUACUACAAUCGCAGCUACCUUCCCCAAGUCCACCUGGACUCCCACACCACCAUCACUCCUCUUUAUUUCACCACCAAACUCUCGCAGACUUUUCAGAAUCCCUCUGGACGCCAACUCCCGGAGACUCGCUACACGUUUCCNCUGUACGACGGUGUCGCCGUGACUGCCUUCACCUGCACUAUUGGUGACAAGAUCAUCAAGGGCCAUGUUGAGCAAAAAGAGCAAGCCCGCAAGACCUUUGAUGACGCUGUCAGCAGAAGUGAAACUGCUGGUCUUCUCGAGUCCCUUCCUACCGGCAUCUUCGGAGUCACCCUUGGAAACAUCCCUGUCGACGCUUCAAUCCAAGUCGACAUCACCUAUGGGGGCGAGCUCAAGCACGAUGCUCAGAUCGAUGGCUUGCGCUACAUCCUUCCAACCUCGAUCGCUCCUCAUUACGGCAACUACCCUGGCGAACUCCUCAAAAUUGAUUCAGCCACCCCCAAGAACAUGAAGAUCACUGUCGAUAUCAACAUGGCAAGCUCCAACAUCCGCAAAGUCCAGUGUCCCUCCAGCCACUCCAUCGCCUUAGAUAUUGGAACCUUGUCGACCGCUCCUGACUCUACCUUCGACAUGUCAAAGGCAUCUGUCUCCUUGACUCACAACACAACCGAACUCGGUUCAGAUUUCGUCUUGCAAAUCCUGGUUGACGACAUCGGUUCUCCAAAGGCCAUCCUCGAGAAGCACUCCCUGCCUGGUCGUCAAGCUCUCAUGGCAACAUUCGUGCCGCGCUUCAACCUCAAACCCAUCAGACCCGAGAUUAUCUUCAUCGCAGAUCAAAGUGGCAAGUCUCAGCUGUUUGAUUAUGUCACCAGCCAGGUCCACGACAAGAAAAUCGAUGCCCGUUGCUUUGUGCUCGGUGUUGGCCGUGACGUCUCUCACACUUUGGUCGAAGGAUUUGCUCGUGCUGGUAACGGUAUUGCACAGUUCAUUACUGACGGCGAAGUUAUGGACUUCAAAGUUGUCCGUAUGCUCAAAGCUGCUUUGUAUCCCCAUGUCAAGGAUUACCGCUUGGAGGUCAAGUAUGGUGAGACCGAGGACUUUGAGAUGGUCGAGAGUGUAGUUUCCACGCAGGCGGUAGAUGCGUCUACCCCCGCAAACCACCCCAAGACGUCCAUAUCGCUGUUCGACAAGUCCAUUGACCUCACUGAUGCUCCCGAUGAGAGUUCUGAUCGCUAUGCUCAUCUUCCUGACGUUGCUGUACCCGAAUCCAUCCAAGCACCCAAUGUUAUUCCUGCUCUGUUGCCCUUCAACCGCACUACUGUGUAUCUGCUCUUACGGGAAACGAGCAAGACCCCCAAGUCUGUUGUUCUGCACGGUACCUGUCCGGAGGGCCCAUUGACAUUGGAGAUACCCCUCAAGAGGAUCGAUAAUCCCAACUACACCAUCAACACUCUGACAGCUAAGAGAGUUAUCCAAGAGCUUGAAGAAGGCAGGGGCUGGUUAACAACCGCAAAGGAGGGUACCAAGCCGAUCAAGGAUAAAAAUUCCUCCCGCUUCGACGAAUUGGUUGAAAAGGAAGUCGUCCGCCUUGGUGUUGACUACCAAGUUGCCAACAAAUGGUGCUCGUUUGUCGCUGUUGAAUCCAAUCAGAAGGGCAAGAGCGCUACUGAAACCAGAGUUCAAGAGGACAUUAGCCCGGAGUCUGGUGUGGGUCAUUGCUCAAUGCGGGGCGUCUACGGUAGCGUGUCUUCUUCACACUGUCUUGUGGGUGGAGGCUUGUUCGGUGGUGGAGGCCGUGAUGGAGCGUCGUCAGCUGGUCGCGGCGGUGGUCGCGGCGGUAUAGCUUUAAUGUCAUCAUUACCACCUCAGUUCCGGCAGUCUCAGGCUUCUAUGUCCAUGGGCCAAUCUCAAAUCGCUAUGAAGCCGGCGCUUUGCACGCAAAUGGGCCAUGAUUUCUUCGGCUCCAGGGGAAUGCUGAGAGCUGCUCCUUCCUUCGCNAGCUCCUCUCCUCCUCCCGCUCCGCGUGCAUAUGCGCCGGCAGCUCCUUCUUUCCCCACGGCGCUCCUUCUAUCUCGUGUUCAGCUGCUAUCAUGUUCAACACUUCUAUCUUGGGAUCUUCCGUUGNNCCCCUCCCCUUCCUGGCAGAGUUCCCCUUGUACUGAGAACGCUCCUGUCAUUCCUAACCAUGACACUUUGGCAGCAGUCCGAGCUCUCGUUGACCUUCAGUCGUUCGAUGGUCACUGGGACUGGAACGGGGCUCUUUACACCCUCUUUGCCUCAGUCAUCGUCAAGAUGAGAAACACUGGGCCCAAAGAGGAUCCGACGCUGGCUACCACGUUGGUGCUGGCAUGGUUGAAGACAUCUGCAGCUGAGUACAGCGACUUAUGGGAGAUGGUCGCCGACAAGGGCUUCGAGUGGCUUUUGACUCGGGAAAACUCUGAGCAGCUCAUGAGCACUGCCGUGAGCGCUCUUACUGGUCACAACUGA